AUGACAUUAGAUUUAAAUAAUAAUUUCUCUAAAUUAAUAUUGAAUACAAAUAACAACAACAAUAAUAAUAAUAAUAUUAAUAGUAAUAACCAUAAUAGUAAUAAUAAUCCUAAUAUCACCAAUAGUAAUAUUAAUAAUAUAAAUAUGAAUAUUAUAAAUUCAAAUCAUUAUAACAACAAUAGUAGUAAUAAUAAUAAUAUAAAUGUAAAUAAAUUAAAUAAAGAAAUAUAUUACUUACAAAAUGAAAAUGAUGAAAGUUUAUAUAAUAUAAUCAAAGAGGAGCAAAUAGAUUACUUGUUUGAUCAAGAUAAUAUGGAUGAUGAUAUGGUUCAAAUGGAAAUAGAUGAAAUGGACUACAGUGGUGAGGAAAGCAAUAAUAAUGUUAAAGAUUCACUCCCAUUAGAUAACUCUGAUGAAAUUUUAAAAUAUCUUAUAAAUAACAAUCAACAAAUAAUAAACAAUCAAUUUAGAUCAAAAAUCAAAUCUAUUUUUAAAAAUAUAGAAAUUAUUACAAUGGAUCAAGCAAUAGAGUAUUUAAGUUGGAUUCAUUCAAAGUUUCAAAGGGUCAGAUAUUUUUCGGUUGUUUUCCAUUUCUUUUAUUAUUUGUAUAAAAAUGAACACUCUAUUAAUAAUAAUUCAUAUCUUGAGUUUAUUGUAAAUAUAUUUUUUGACCCAUCCAUCAAAGUUUUUAAUUUACUUAAACUUUACAACCGAAGCAAUUUAAUCAGUUAUAAAGAUGUAACAAAUUUAUAUUAUUUAAUAUUUUCAGAUAGAAGAAUUGUCAAUUUUAUUGAAAAACACAAACAAAGUGAUCAACUUUUAACUAUGAAACUAGAAAUCUUAAAUAAUAUAUUAGAUAGAAAUCAUCAAUUUGAAAUAAACUAUUUAAAAUAUUUAUUUUUAAAUAUCAAUAGUUUUAAUAUAAAUGAUUUAAGAUUUAAUAGCAAUAACAAUAGAUAUAAUAGUUAUGUAAAUAAAAAUUGUAAUAAAAUUUUAUUAGAGAAUAAUAAUUUAAAAAAUCAAAAUUUAAAUAAUGUUGAAAAUAAUUUUAAAAUAUUAAAAAGAUUCGACAAUUUAAUUAUAUCAAAGAUAAUAGAAUUCAUAUUAAACUCUUAUUUAAAUAUAAAUCAAUAUAAGUCAAUAGAAAACAAUAUAGGAAUAGAAGCUAUUGAUAUGAAAAAGUGUAUCACUGUAUCAUUAGUUUGCAAAAGAUUUUUUUAUUUAUUUUCAAAUAUAUUAAAUAGAUAUAAAUUUCCUUAUUAUAAGAAAUUCAAUUAUAAUAGUGAUUAUAGUUUAGUUAAAAAACCACCUUUAUAUUUAAACUAUGAGUCAAUUAAAUACUUACCAUUGGACCAAUCAAUGUAUCAUCAUUUAUCCAGAGUGGAAGAACUAAUAAUAAAUUCCGAUGAAAGCGAUAUCUUGUGUGAGGAUAAACUAAUGCUAAAGAGAACUUAUUUUAGAGAUUUAAAUUUACCAGAAUAUUAUUACAAGGCCUACUGUGUUUCCAUCACUCAAAAUAUGUAUUUAAACUACAUACCUAAAAUUCAAUCGUUAAAGAAAUUAGAAAUUAAAGGUUAUUUUGGAUUCAGCAAUAAUUAUAUCAAACUAUUUGAACACAUUUGCUAUAAUGGAAACUCAAUCAAACAUUUAUCAAUUUCAAUAAACUAUAAUUUUGAUGAAGAUGAUAAUGAUUUCGAUUUAGCAUUCUUAGGAAAUAUAAUCAGAAAAAGUCCAAAUUUAAAACUAUUAGAAAUCAACUAUGGUGAAGUGAUGGUAAAGAAAGAAGAGGUUCUUCAGCAGGUUUUAACAAGUAUCAACAACAACCACCAAUCCCAACUAAAAGUUAACAUAUAUUUAAUUGAACACAACCACGAUUUCGAAUAUUCAAGAAUCGAUAAUGAGAUUAUUUAUAAAAAAAAACAAAAACUAUUGGUUGAUGAUAAAGAAUUUAUAAACUUUAAAAACAAUUUAAACUUCUUCCAAUACACAUAUAACUAA